AUGUCACUGUCACAAGCCUUGUGCAUAUCUGCCGGUAAAAUGGUGUACAGUAUCAAAGCACGACGCAAGAUAGCAUUACGAGAGAUUCUCCAUGGGACCAAAAAUGCGCAGCCUCCCGAGGAGGUUGAUGUUCAUACACACCUAGUAAUAUCAAACAAGGGCGAGCCAUAUCAAGGAAAAUGGGGAUACGAAGCUACGGAAAAGUGUGUGAUCGUAUCGUAUGUCGAUUUGAGAAGUUUCUACGAUACGGCCGUUGUGUAG